AUGGCUGGAUAUAAUGCAGAAUACAAUGCUCAGUUAAAAAUAAUGGCAAAAACUAUGUCAGUUCAAGAAAAAAAAUGCGUUAUUUUAAUUGAUGAAAUGUCUUUAAAAAGUUGUUUGGAAUAUAAUGAAUCCCUUGACAUGAUUGAAGGAUAUGAAGAUUUUGGAAAUUUACGCCGUUCAGGAAAGUCGGCUAAACUUGUUUUAGUGGUAAUGAUUCGAGGGUUAUGUAAUAACUGGAAAUUACCAUUAUCAUACUAUUUUAGUUCAACAGGCGUAAAAGGAAACCAAUUAGCAGAAAUUAUGAAACAAACUGUCGAAACUAUAGUAAAACUUGGAUUUUCACCUGUUUGUAUAACUUGUGAUCAAGGUACAGCAAAUCGUAAAAUGUACACUUUACUUGGUGGUAGUUCAGAAAAUCCAUUUACGGUAAUAGGAGGAAGACAAUUAUUUUUGAUUUACGAUGUCCCACACUUAGUUAAAAGUGUUAGAAAUAAUUUGUUGACUGGGAACAUUGUAAUAAAUAAGAAUGGUCAAAAAAAAAUAAUUGAUUUCGAAGACUUCAGAAAUACCUACAAAAUAGACAAGACUAGUAAAACAGCAAGAGCUUUAUGCAAAAUAGACGAACGGCAUUUAUAUCCAAACGCUUGGCAAAAAAUGAAUUGUAAACUCGCCAUUCAAGUUUUUAGUCAUACUGUUUCUGCUGCUAUAAAAACGUGUGUGGGAACUAAUCAAUUAAUUUCACCAACUGCACUAGAUACGGCAGAUUUCUUUUUAGAAAUGAACAAUUUAUUUGAUGCAUUGAAUAGCAAAAACUUGUAUGAUAAAAAUCCUAACAGAAGGCCCAUGUCUGAAAAUAACGAUAAUAUAAUUAAGAUAUUGCGUAAUUCGUUGGAAACAUUUAAAAAUGCAGAAAAAAAAAAUAAAAAAACGUCAUCUCAGGAAACAAAUAAUAAUCCACCAUGUUUUAUAGGUUUUGUUUGGACAAUUAAUGCCGUUUUACAACUGUAUGAAUCAGAAAAAAAUGAAAUGGGACAAUUCUUCUUGAUCACUAAUCGGCUUUGUCAGGAUGCUCUUGAAAAUUUAUUUUCUAUUUUUAGGCAAAAAUGCGGCUAUAACAAAAAUCCCACCUGCAGGACCUUUAGAUGUGGAUUUUCAAGUAUAUGUUCAUUUAGCUUAUUAAACUGUACUUCAGAAAAGUCUAAUUGCGAGGAAGAUAAUGAUACAUUUUUAACACCGAAUAUAUUAUCAAAUACACCUUCUCCAUCGGUGGAAUUAGAAUUUUUAGAUACAGUUGAUGAAAAUAAAUCAACAGAAGUUGAUUUAGUCAAAGAAAUUGAGGUAGAUGAAGACAGUGAAAUAUAUGAUUUGGAUUUGGAGUAUGAACGUAAUAAUGAGGGUGGUAGUUUAGAAGAAUUUGCCGUUAUUUAUUAUGCAGGAUAUUUAGCAAUGAAGUGUUUGAAAAAAUUUGACUGUGAAAAGUGUCACACAACAUUAUUACACCCUGACAAAAUGUUGAAUGACAAGAAUCAACUUUUGUUAGUUCAUAAAACAUACAAUGUAAACUUUGAUAUUGAUAAAGGAUUAAAAGUACCAUCAAAACAGUUAGAAUUAUUCACUAAAAUAUGUCUAGAUACAUUUAAGACCAAAUUUCCUAUUGUUAAAAGUCACAGUAAUCUAUUGAGCAAAUUAAUUGAUUUUGCAACCACAAAUAUAACACGCUGCUCCAAUAUCAACAUCCAAGAUGAAUGUUCAACACAUUAUAAAUAUAUAAUGAAAUUGUUAUUUGUAGUAAGAAUUCACAAAGAAUGUAAAUGGACAAGAAAUAACAAUAGAACCUCCAUAUAUAAUGGUACAAAUAAGCCAAAUGCUAAACUCAGGAAUAUUCAGAACUUAUAA